AAAUGACAACAAAGAAAAAAUUUGGAGUUCAUUGCACAUAAAUCAAAUGGCUUCAUGAAACAAUAAAGGGAAAAUCACCAAUUUAGUCCUUGAACUAUUUCACUAAAGCCGAUUUGGUCUCUUAACAUUUUAUCGCAUGCAUUAAGUCCUUUAACUAAAAUUUUUGUGCCAAUUGAGGACCUAUACGGUGUCACCACCCAAAACAUAUGUUUCUGUACCCAAACCAACGGCGAGGCAGGUGCUUUUUUGGAAGUAAAAAAUACGAUUUUUCCACGGGAAGCAAGAUUUUCUACGGGAGUUUGAGGACUAAAUCCAGCCACAACUACCAUUGCACUUGAUGACCCAAGCUUGCAAUCAACUGAUCCACCACCAGUACUGAAAACCGAGCUCCCCAGUCACAAGCACUUCUAUGCUCAAAGAUCCAAUCUUGAAAUCAAAAUGGUAUCACCGUGCAUGGGUGGCAAGUGGAUGCACGACUGUGCUAGUUUCUCUAGCCAAGUCGGUCACUGUUGCAGCUGAUUCGGGCAUAUGGCUACAGCCCAUUUUAGCAGGGCUAGUCGGCUACAUGCUGGCAGACCUUGGCUCUGGAAUCUACCACUGGGGCAUUGAUAACUAUGGCGAUGAAAACACCCCGGUUUUUGGUAGUCAAAUUGAAGCAUUUCAAGGCCAUCACAAAUGGCCGUGGAUCAUCACAAGGCGCCAAUUUGCUAACAACUUGCAUACUCUAGCUCGAGCUGUUAGUUUCACAGUUCUCCCUAUAGACCUUAUCUUCAAUGAUCCUGUGCUGCAUGGUUUUGUUGGUGUCUGCUUAGGCUGCAUCAUGUUUAGCCAGCAGUUCCAUGCCUGGGCUCACAGUACAAAGAGCAAGCUUCACCCAUUGGUGGUGGCACUGCAAGAUGCUGGAGUGCUGGUAUCUAGAUCAAUUCACGGAGCUCAUAACCGUCCUCUAUAUGACAGCAAUUACUGCAUCGUAAGUGGCGUUUGGAACGAGCUUUUGGAUACAUACAAGGUUUUUGAAGCCCUUGAAAUGAUCUUGUUCUACAAACUGGGAGUAAGACCACGGUCCUGGAGUGAACCUAGUCCCAGCUGGACAGAAGAGACAGAUACCUCAUCUCUAAUUGCAGAGUCAUAA